AUGCGUUUCUUCAUUCUUUCUCUCCUAUCCCUGUUGACAAUUCUCUCUACCAGUAAUGCUUUAGCUACUGGUAGAAGUGACCUACAACACGCUGGCAGCUACGAUGGCCAGGCUGAUACUAAUCAUGAUGGGUAUUUGUCACCUGAGGAGAUUAAAAAUGCUGCCGAUCUCUCGAAAAUCUACGAAACUCAUUUCAUGAACGCAAAAGCAAUGGGAGACGUAAACCUCACUUUAGUGAUCGAGGAUUAUAACCAGAUUCCCUGGAGCGAGAACGAGAUGAAUAAACUCGCAGCAGUGGCUGGCACACUUCGAUCUACUCAGAUGCUAGCUGAACGAUCUCUUAAUAAGAGAUGCAGUCCUGCUAAGUGUGCCCAAACUUGCAAGCCACUUUUCAUCGUUUUUACUCUCUGUUUUCUCGGUUGUCUUGCAGUUUCAGGUCCCGACUGUGAUAAAUAA